AUGUACGACCUAAACCUACUCCAGAGCUUCCCCGACGAGAUCAUCUACAACAUCCUAGAUCAAGAAUUCCUUUCCUUGCGCGACGUUUCCAAUUUCCUCUUCAACUCCAACACACACCACAUUGCGCAACGGAUCUUGAAUGAGCGAUGUCUAGCUCACAUCUGCGUGGGCAAGCGGCGAAAUUACGAAAGCGUCAUUACGUCAUCCCACGAUAACGAAGUCAAGCGUGGCCCCCACUAUUGGCACAUCUACUAUAACUUUGUCGAUGCCCAUCUGUUUCGCGCCUGGCUAAGUGACCAUCAUCGCUUGAUCAACUUCACCAUCCAGAUAUUCAUUGACCAGUUCCAGCUUCACGAGUUGCAAUGUUUGAACUUGCUCCAGAAUAAGAACUUGAAAGUCUAUUUGAACUGGGAAGAUGACGACUUGAACACGGUGCUGAAGUUCACGCUGAUCAUCUGGCCUAGUCUCGCGCACAUUUUCGAUUUCGAGCACAAUGUGGUUAAAGUGGUGUUGGAAUAUGAAAAUAUCAUUGACUCGCCCAUGGUCUUCCAAUUGGACCAAUUGCGCGCGUUCGAGUGGAGAUACUACUACUCGACGGGGCAACGCAUCGAGUUAAUGGACCACAGCCAUAGCGUAGAGAAGAUCUUCAUCAACAGUAUGAAUCGCAUGUCGCUCGAUGUGGUGUUUGCUCAUUCCUUUCCGAACUUGACGGAGUUUAUCGUCAAGAGCCCCUUGGAACACCCGCGAGAUACGUGUCGCGCGCUAGCCGAUUGCCCACAUUUAAAGACUUUGAUGUUGCAUAGUUGUUAUUUUGGGGACGUUGCCGGCUUCCUCGAGAGCGUGGCCCCGCAUGGCUUGCUCAAUUUGAAGAAUUUGGAGUUGUGCAAUAACAAGUUGGGACAUAUCCGGAAUAUUGACUUUGCCUCGUGUUUCCCUUCCUUGUGCAAUCUAACUAUCAAGUUUGAAAACGGCAGUCUGAGCAACAGAUUCGAGUUCCGCGAUGUUGUCCUACCGAGCCAGCUCAAGACGUUGAAUUUGCAGUCAAAGAGGUUGCAUAGUUUCAAAGUAAACAAUUGCAAUAUGCUGCUAUCCAAGUUGGACUUGUCGUAUAAUCACCCGACAAGCUUCCAUUUUGAGAAUUUCCAAAAUAUCAAGGAAUUGAACUUGUCUUACAAUAGGUCCAUCUUGUCGUCAAUCUACAGAUUCAACUUGUUUGAAAUUACCAAUUUCAUCUUUUUCAGAGUCGAAGAACUCCAUUUACAAGGCUGCAAUAUCAAUAAUGAAGACCUUGAGGCACUUGAAGCUAAAUAUCAAUCCAACCCAAUUACUUCAUCUUCAUCUUCAUCUUCAUCUUCAACUUCAACUUCAAAUCUACCAUUUUCAAAUUUGAGGAAACUCAACUUGUCAAACAAUAAACUCACAAACCUCCGUUGCUUCAACUCUGGUCUCUACCAGAAUAUGAAAAUGUUGGAAUACGUUGACUUGUCAUUUAACGCGUUUUAUUAUUUGAAUAAUGCCAAUUUCCCACUUUCGUGCGAUAAAUUUGAAAGGUUGUUAAGCGUUAAUUUGACUGGCAAUUCACGAUUGACUUCAGUGAGGUUAACUGGUAUAUUUCCGAGAUUGGAGACCUUGUACACCCCGGUCAAGCAAAAUUACUAA